AUGGGUGACAUGGAGUCCUACAAGGUGAUGCUGAAUGGACCGGCGCCCUGGGGCUUCAGGCUGCAGGGAGGGAAGGAUUUCAGCAUGCCGCUCUCCAUCUCCAGGCUGACGCCGGGCGGGAAGGCGGCCCAGGCUGGCGUAGGAGUGGGCGACUGGGUGCUGUACAUCGACGGGGAGAGCACCAGCUCCAUGACGCACAUCGAGGCCCAGAACAGGAUCCGCGCCUGCGGGGACAGGCUCUGCCUCACCCUGAGCAGAGCCCAGAACCACCUGGGGAAGCCACAGAAGGUACGUGUCGCUCCUGGCGCUGCAGUGGCAGCUCAGCCUCGUCUCAGGGGAGGGGAAUCUCUGCACGUAGAUGGACAAACGGACUUUGCUCCUGGGGCCCACAGGCUUCUAGGGGACCAGGCUCGGCCCUUCGGGGCCGGCUCGCCUCCGAACCCACGGCCCGGGCUGGUGACGAAACCCGUGACGUAUGCGCCCCUGGCGCCCGCCUGCACCCCCCAGCACAAUGGGCAGCCCCUGCAGCUGCUGGAGCCCCCCAGCACUCCCACGUGCGACCCUGUGAAGUUGCAGCUGAUAGAGAAUGCUGAGGACUGGCAGCCCCGUACCGGGACCUUCCAGUCCCGCUCCUUCCGCAAACUGGGUUCAUGCUUGGUGUCGGCUGAGUGCCUGCCCUCUGUCACAUGCAGCCAGUCCCCGCAGCCUCUGGAGUCCCCCAACACCCCCGUGUGCAACCCUGGGAAGCUGCAGCUGAUAGAAGAUGCUGAGGACUGGCAGCCCCGUACCGGGCCCUCCCAGUCCCGCUCCUUCCGCAAACUGGCCCGGCUGACGGGCACAGACGGCACCCCCAGGACCCCCGCUGCCACCCCUGGCCCUGCCAGCCGCCCGCCCUGGGCCGUGGACCCCUUGUUCGCUGAGCGCUAUGCCCCGGACAAGACAAGCACGGUGGUGAGCAAGCACAGCCAGCCAGCCACGCCGACCCCCAUGCAGAACCGCAGCUCCAUUGUGCAGGCGGCGCAGCAGGCCCCUGAAGGGCCCGGCCGCACACCCCUCUGCUACAAGUGCAACAAGGUCAUCAGGGGACGCUACCUGGUGGCGCUGGGACAUUAUUACCACCCCGAGGAGUUCACCUGCUGCCAGUGCAGGAAGGUGCUGGAUGAGAGCGGCUUCUUUGAGGAGAAAGGCUCCAUCUUCUGCCCCAAGUGCUAUGACACGCGCUACGCGCCCAGCUGUGCCAAGUGCAAGAAGAAGAUCACCGGGGAGGUCAUGCACGCGCUGAAGAUGACCUGGCACGUGCAGUGCUUCACCUGUGCUGCCUGCAAAACUCCGAUCCGCAACCGUGCCUUCUACAUGGAGGAGGGACAACCCUACUGCGAGAGAGACUACGAGAAGAUGUUUGGCACCAAGUGCCGCGGCUGCGACUUCAAGAUCGACGCUGGGGACCGGUUCCUGGAGGCGCUGGGGUUCAGCUGGCACGACACUUGCUUCGUUUGUGCGGUGAGCCAUGUGCCUCCUUCCCCAGCUGCUG